AUGUCGCUCUCCAGAACGACCCAGCUGCCUUUCGCUAAAAGUCAAUUCUUCCAAGUUUUAGCUAGAGGUUACAGUACUACUCAAGGUAAUUAUUUCAUGGAAAUUAAACCGAUUUCGCGUAUUCUUCUUUCAGAUGCCGAUCUUGUCGUCAUCGGAGGUGGUCCUGGAGGAUAUGUGGCUGCUAUCAAGGCUGCUCAACUUGGAAUGAAGACCGUGUGCAUUGAGAAGAACGUGACACUCGGAGGAACGUGCUUGAAUGUGGGGUGCAUCCCGUCAAAGGCUCUCCUGAACAACUCCCACUAUCUUCACAUGGCUCAGCACGAUUUUGCCGCUAGAGGUUUUGCUGAAACGUUAUUAAUUCAACCUUUCUUUUAAUUUAGGAAUCGACUGCACUGCUUCCCUCAACUUGUCGAAAAUGAUGGAGGCUAAGGCCAGCUCUGUCAAGCAGUUGACUGGCGGAAUCAAGCAACUUUUCAAAGCCAACAAGGUUGGACACGUCGAGGGAUUCGGAAGCAUUGUUGGACCAAACACUGUGAGUCUUUCCUGAUGUUUUUAAACUUUUGUCUCGUUAAAAUUUCUCUAGGUUCAAGCCAAGAAGAACGACGGAUCUGUUGAAACAAUCAACGCCAGAAAUAUUUUGAUUGCUUCUGGGUCAGAGGUUACUCCGUUCCCAGGAAUUACUAUCGAUGAGCAGUCUAUUGUUUCGUCGACGGGGGCUCUUUCUCUUGCUCAGGUUCCGAAGAAGAUGGUUGUCAUUGGAGCUGGAGUCAUUGGACUUGAAUUGGUAAGGAAUUAAUUAAUAAAAAGAAAAUAGGCGUACAUCGAGAAAUAUUCAGGGAUCCGUCUGGCAACGUCUUGGAGCUGAAGUGACUGCUGUAGAGUUCCUCGGACACGUCGGAGGAAUGGGAAUUGACGGAGAAGUCUCGAAGACCUUCCAGAGAACUCUCACGAAGCAAGGAUUCAAGUUCCUGCUCAACACCAAAGUUCUCGGAGCAAGCAAGAACGGAUCUUCUAUUUCCGUUGAAGUUGAGGGAGCUAAGGAUGGAAAGAAGCAGACUGUAAGCUUUUUAUCAGUAGUGUUAUUGCCAAAACUGAUUUUAUUCAUAGGUGUUUUGAGUUGAGCGCCGGUAGUUCGAGACAGGCGAGUGGGAGGGGCCUAAUUCGAAAAAAAAUUGGCAGCGAUAAGGCUGCCAAAUUUACCCGGACUCUAACAGGUUGUCAAGUUGUUCUAGCUGUCUGAAUUACUUCUACGGAUCAUAUUCGUUCAGUUUCCACUCAUUUGAAUCCUCUAGGAUACCUGGUACGAGCACUAGAAUCACUAAUGACCAGAUUACAGGAAUGUCCUUACGGCGCUGCGAUCUAUGUAGUCAUUUCUGACUCUACCUGAACUGUAACAGGUUGUCAGGAUGCCCCAAGUGUCUCUAUUACUUCUAUGGGCUAUGAUCUUCUAGUUUCGUCUUAAUUGGAUACACAAGAACACUUGGUACGAGCGCAACAGUCGGAAAUGUUCAAAUUGCUCGAAUGUUCUCAAGGAGCAGCAAUCUGGACAUUUCCGACUUUACCGCGACUGUAGCAGGUUGUUAGGUCCUUCUCACUGUCUGAAUAUCUUCCUAUUGCCAUUGUCCUUCACUUUUAACUCAAUUGAAGCUACCAGACUUGCAACGGGCCGGGCCAAAAUUGGAAAUUUUCUGGCCCGGCCCGGCCCGGUCGGCCCGGGAGGAUGCACCUAAAAAUUCAAAGCGAACUAGAACUUCGAAACGAACAUAAUUUUCAUUGUAAAAACCAGCAGAAAUAGAAAAAAAGACGAAAAAGGCAAUGUUAUAGCAUAAAACCUGUUAAAAAAUAGAAAUUGCUGUUUAAAGUCGCAAAAUUUCAUAUUUUUUUUGCAUAUUUUUUUUGAGGUCUAACUUCCGGGCCGACCGGGCCGGGCCGGGCCGGCCCGGAAGUUAGACCGCAAUUCUGGAAGCUACUAGAAUACCUGUACCGAGCCCGAGAGUCGGUAAUGUCCAGAUUGCUGGAAUGUCCUUGCGGGGCAGCAGUCUGGACAUUUCCGGCUUUACCGCGACUGUAACAGGUUGCCAUGUUUCUUCAACUGUCUAAAUAAUUUCAAUUUUUUGGCGUUUCUCAAACAUCCCGCACCUAUAAUUUUAUUUUCAGCUCGAAUGCGACACUCUUCUGGUCUCUGUUGGACGCCGGCCAUACACAGAGGGACUCGGACUUCCCAACGUGCAAAUCGAUCUGGACAACCGUGGAAGAAUUCCAGUCAACGAGAGAUUCCAGACUAAGGUGCCGUCGAUCUUCGCCAUCGGAGACGUCAUCGAAGGACCUAUGCUCGCACAUAAGGCUGAAGACGAGGGAAUCCUCGCCGUUGAGGGAAUUGCCGGAGGACCAGUUCACAUCGACUAUAACUGCAUUCCAUCGGUUGUGUACACUCAUCCAGAAGUCGCCUGGGUUGGAAAGGCUGAAGAACAGCUCAAGACAGAGGUAUUAAUUCUAGAAAGUUAAAAAAAAUAAUAAAGGUUUUAGGGAGUUGCCUACAAAAUUGGAAAAUUCCCGUUCGUCGCCAACUCUCGUGCCAAGACCAACAACGAUCAGGAAGGAUUUGUCAAGGUUUUGGCUGAUAAGCAGACCGACAGAAUGCUCGGAGUUCACAUAAUUGGACCGGUUAGUACGAAACCCAAAGAUAUUUGUCCAAUGAGUGGUUUCAGAAUGCAGGAGAGAUGAUUGCAGAAGCCACGUUGGCUCUUGAAUACGGAGCAUCGGCAGAAGACGUCGCCCGAGUAUGCCACCCACAUCCGGUUAGUUUUCUUUCCCAUUUUGAUAAAAAGUCUACGCAACCGGAUCAAUGAUUCAAUUAGUGUAUCAAUGAUCUCGCUCUUGGUUUUCAAAUAACUCAAUUACGAACUGAUUGAUAGUAGGAAGAACUGCGCGCGAAAUUGAUGCAAUUUUGUGAUGAGUGAUUGUUUAAUUUCUGUUUUCAGACAUUGUCCGAGGCGUUCAGAGAAGCGAAUCUGGCUGCUUACUGUGGAAAGGCCAUUAACUCCAUCUAA